CCACUGCAGUAAAAGUGAAAAUUCGUGGUAGCCAGCCUUGCUUGCCGUUGACUCUUGUCAGAGCGUAUGCCUAUUCUCUGCCGCGCAUCUUCCUUCCCACACACUCUAAAAUCCUUUCGUCUAUUUCUCCCAUUGUCAGCAGUAAACCCCCAUCCUCCAAAACGUAUCAACCAUGUCGUCUGCCGCCGGUAAGAGAGCUCUUCUUCUCGGUGCUGGAUUCGUCUGCGAGCCAGCCGUGCAAGCCCUCUCCGACGCCGGGGUCCAUGUCACCGUGGCCUGCCGCACGCUCAGCGCCGCACAAUCCCUCGCGGGCAACUACAGUAACACCACAGCCAUCGCCCUCGACGUUGCCAACGAGCCGGCUAAGCUCGACGCCACCGUCUCCCAAGCCGACCUCAUCAUCUCCCUAAUCCCCUACAUCUACCACGCCACCGUUGUGAAAGCCGCCAUCGCCCACAGCAAACCUGUCGUGACGACCAGCUUCAUCUCCCCAGCGCUGAGGGAGCUCGACUCGACCGCCCGAUCCGCCGGCGUGACCGUCCUCAACGAGAUCGGCCUCGACCCCGGCAUCGACCACCUCUACGCGGUGAAGACGAUCGACGAAGUCCACCGGGCCGGGGGCAAGAUCCACGCGUUCACCAGCUGGUGCGGCGCGCUGCCCGCCCCGGAGAACUCCGACAACCCCUUGGGGUAUAAGUUCUCGUGGAGCCCGCGGGGUGGACUCCUGGCGCUGCUCAACUCGGCGCAGUGGUACCGCGACGGCCAGAUCACCUCGGUGGAAGGCAAGGACCUGAUGGCGGCCGCCACGGCGCAAGGCCUCUUCCCCGGGUUUAAUUUCGUUGGAUAUCCCAAUCGGGACUCGGCUGGUCUCCGGGGGUCCUACGCCAUACCGGAGGCGCACACGGUCUUCCGGGGCACCCUGCGGUACGCGGGGUUUCCGGAGGUCAUUCGGGCGCUGGUGGGGUUGGGGUACUUCUCUCAAGACAAGCUCCCGGCUCUCGCGUCGGAUUUCAGUGGAAGACUGACGUGGGCGCAGUUGACGGCGCAGCUUCUGGGGCUUGCCGCGUCUGCCUCUGCUGAAGACGUGCAGGACGCUGUGGUGAGGAAGUGCUCGCUCAUCCUCGCGGAGAAGGGCGAGAAUAAGGAGGAGAUCGAUCGUGUGCUGUCAAGCCUUCGGUGGCUGGGACUCUUCGAUGGGACCCGGCUGGUGGACGGACGUGACACGCCUCUGGAUACGCUGUGUGCCGUGUUGGAGCGGCAGAUGGCGUAUCAGCCCGGCGAGCGGGAUAUGAUUGUGCUGCAGCAUCUCUUUGAGAUCGAGAACGCGGAUGGGUCGCGAGAGAGGCGCACCAGCACGCUGGUGGAGUACGGUGAGCCGGUUGGGCCUGGGUCGCGCAGCGCCAUGGCCAAGUUGGUGGGGUUGCCCUGCGCGGUGGGCGUGUUGGCGGUGCUGGAGGGCCGGAUUCAGGAGAAGGGCAUGGUGGCGCCGUGGACGAAUGCCCGGAUUGCGGAGACGCUGCGUGAGGAGUUGAAGGCGCGCUUCCAGAUUGAGUUGAAGGAGAACAUAGUGGGUUGAGUGCAUGUGUAGGAGGAAGCAAGUAGAUGGAUGAAGCUUCGCAGCAUGUGAUGCCGCGGACAUGAGUAUGAUUACAUUAUCAGUUUCUCCCUCCGCUCUCCUCGGCCGAAAUAAACUAACUACA